AUGUCUGCAACGGCGCAAGCAACUCAAACCCUGUGCGCAGAUCACCACCAACAACAACAUCAAAACUCAGCUUCUCCAGUGUCUCGUACACCUUCAGCUCAACCUUCGUUAUCUCCUUCUCCAGCAUCUGAACCUUCGGAAACAGUUUCUUCAUCAUCUUCAUCAUCUUCAUCAUCAUCAUCUUCUUCUUCUUCUUCUUCAUCUCUAGAAGACGAAAUUGGGUCUACACAACAACACCAACAUCAACAACAACAACAACAACAACAACCACUCGCAACCUCUUCUACUGCAACAAACUCUUGCGCACCAGUUUCUACAAUCCAUAAAAUAUCACCAACUGAAACAUCUUCCCCAAAUCCUCCAUUGAAACAAGACCAACUGCCUGACCAGCUGCAAAAGGAGCCCAGCCCAGGGCCUGCGCAAGCAGUCCCUACCAAGCUGGAGCGUAAAAAGAGCCUAGGAAACAGCAGUAACAGUAAUAAUAAUAAUAACAACAAUAGCACAUCCUCAUCUUCAUCUUCAUCCUCAUCCUCAUCUUCUCUACCUUCAUCAUCAUCUUCUUCUUCAACUCCAUGGUGUCACAACUGUCAUACAAGUACAACACCGCUAUGGCGACGCAAUGAGUUUGGUCAAAUUCUGUGCAACGCUUGUGGUCUUUUUUUGAAAUUACAUGGCCGCUCAAGACCAAUUUCACUAAAAACAGAUGUCAUCAAAAGUCGUAACCGCAACAAGGCUAACCAUAAUAACAACAAUAACAAUAAUAAUAACUCAGAUAAAACAUCCAAUUCUUCCCCACAACACAAUGGAGAAUCAACGCCAGUAGAUGGCCAACAUCAGUAUCAACAAAAUCAACAACAGCAGCAACAACAACAUCAUCAAACUCAUCAUAAAAAACCAGGACCUAAACCAAAAAAACGACUUAAUAAGGAUAUCGAGGAACAAGCUGGUAAACCCCACAGAAAAACUUCUGGAGCCAAACGAUCGGCUUCUUCAGGCUCUGUCAAAGAAACCUUUUCAUCUUCUUCCUCUGAAGCCUCCACAAGAACUCAAAGUCCUAACCAAUCUCAACAAUCUCAGCAGUCUCAGCAGUCUCAACAAUCUCAACAUCUCCAUAAUCAUAAUCAUCACCAACAACAACAACAACAACAACUACCUCCUCUCUUAGCUACUCUUGAACAAAAAUCUAAAAAGGGCAUUCCUCCAACAUCUUUAACUUCAGGCACUUCUCAAUCCUUAUCCCCACAAUCAUCAACAGCUCUCCCAUCUCUUCGUGCAUCAAACAUUCUUUCUCCACUACUUUCAAACCCAGUUACAGUUUCAAUCAGCAAUAGACCUCCAGCAUCUCUGCGUGGGUCUAUCCAUGGAACUCCAAUUGCAGAUAGUAUCAUUGCAAACCAUUCCUUAAAAGCAAUCACAAGUCCUCUUCUCCUGGCUACAGGAUCCUCUUUAACGGGGAAACAUCCCUCGUUCUCUCCGUUAUCAAUGUCUUCCUCCUCCUCUUCUUCAAAACACUCCCAUCUCUCCUUAUCAGCUUCCACUGCUCCUCCUCUCAUAACGGCUUCAGCCCUACCAACGGCCCUCGACCAGCUCACAAAAGCUGCAUGUACAUCCCCAUAUCUCGCGCCCAUCCCUCAGCACAGCUCAGAACUUCGAGAACUUUCUUCUACAUCUGCUCUAGGGAUUCUCCCAGCCCUUCCAUCGUCAUCUUCCUCAAUAUCAUCAUCAUUAUCUUCUUCUUCUUCUUCUUCCUCCUCCUCCUCCUCUUCUUCUUCAACAAUAACAACAACAACUACUACUUUGGGAAUUUCUCAAAAAUCCCGUUCCCUAGACUCUCUAAACUACAAAUUAACAGCCCCUAAUAGACCCUCUGCAAACUCACCAGCCCUGGGCCCCGUGCUGGUCACCUCCCCAGCAGUGACUCCAUUAUCUCCAUCUCUAUCUUCAACUAAACCCAUUUCUCCUGCCUCUUCUUCUUCUUUAGCAACUGCUUCAUCUACCACACCUGGCUCUCAACUCCUAUCCCAUUCUUUGCAUCAUAAUCCUACCCAUGUCCGUAGCCAGCUUUUCGAAAGUGUUUCGGCAAGUGACUCUGUUGCUUCACUAUCAAGUGUUGCUGGUCCCACUUCUAUUACUAUAAAAUCUUCUUCAUCGUCUAAUAAAGACAAAGUCUUAUCUGCAAGAUCACCGUCUCCACAAUCCCAUCAAAAAGGCCCCAAAUCUAUCAAACAAGCUCUUAUCGCUGCAGACUUGUUCAAGACCCCGUUGAAAAAAUCACAAACAACAUCCACUACCACAACAUCAUUAUCAACCGCCGAUGAAUCGAUUUCUGACGAACACAAUUCAUCGUCAUCUUCUGGUUCUGUGUCUUUAGAAACCCGAGUCACAGAACUGGAGCUUGUCAAUGAUUUAAUGCGCGCACGUAUUGCUGAGCUUGAAGCUUCUGAGGCACAAGCACGUAAACAAGAGGCAGCCACUCAACGGUCCGAGAUUCUAAUUCGUGAAUCAGAAAUGAUGCUACGAUUAAAAGUACGAGAACUAGAAAUGGCAGCUAGAGCUGCAGAUACACGUAUUAAGAUUCUGAGGUCUUAUGUUCUUUCUGCAAUCCAAAAUAAUCCAUCUGAGACUGGUAAAUUGCAACUGGAACAACAUUCGGGUAGAAGACACCAUAGAAGAGAUAGCGAUGGAGCGGCAACUGUGGCAGCAGCAGUGGCUUCUGGAACAAACCCAGAUGCAGAUUUGGCUGAAAUGCUUUUGCUGCGAUUCCAAAGGUCGUCUUCAACAAGUAGUCCUCCCACGAAAAAAGUCAAAACAGAAAUGUAA